AUGUCAUAUACUAAAGGAGUUUCAACAGGAUCACUAUCUUUGAGUGCAUCCUCAUCAUUUAAUGCUAGUUUUACUCCAAACGGAGCAUUUAUCAAUGCCAAUAAAUGUUGGCAUCCAACUGUCGCCGAUACCAAUCCGUACGUCCAAACCACCUAUCAAGGAAAUGGUAUUGCCGAGUAUUCAAAGAUCGAGUUGCAAGGAAGACCAGAUGCCGAUCAAUGGGUCACUGAAGUUGCUAUAAAGUAUACCAAGGAUGGUGUCAAUUGGUUGGAUUACAACUCUGGAAAUGGUAUUCAAACUGGUCUGACCGACAGAAACACUCCAAAAACCAUCACCUUUUCUCCAACCAUCAGAGCUCUGGCCAUCCAAAUCAUCCCCAAACAAGCUACUGGAUUCAAAGCAAUGAGAUUCGAGGUGGAAUACAAACCAAUUCCACGUUCCACCAUUACCAACUUUGAAGUUGGAUUGGUCUCUACCAGAGAUGGAAAUUUCCCAAAACUCUAUGAUGGAUCUGUCGCCGAUAGAAGAUAUGAACACCCAGUCAAAUUUACAACUGGAUUUAUCAAGCCUCCCAUUGUAGUUUGUGGUAUCCACAAUCUACACUUUAGCAACACCAAAGACCUAAAGUUUAGUAUCAUCCCACAUGAUAUAACAGAUGAAGGUUUCACCAUUCUCAUUAGAAGUUGGGAUAAUGGUCAAAUGGAAGAAAUUUCUUUUAAUUGGAUUGCUUUUGAAAGUAGUAACUAA